GACAAGUCCCACCCAUUACCCUUAUAAAUACCCGCAAUAUUUGCAAUGGUCAGUUACCCACACUGACGCCAUGUCGUCCAGGAGAAGUGGUGGCAGCUUUAGAGAGAGAAAGACUGAUGAUAUUUUAGACAUUGAGCCGAAAGAUUUCGCGAAUCCCUGGAAUUUUUUCAAUCUCUUCACAAGACCAGAAAUAGAAGUACAAGAAUGGUGCAGAAGGAAUGGUCUACUAGCCAGAGUCUUCCCCUGCCCUUACGAUGGUUGUGACGGACAGAUGUCUCCCAAGACGAUUGUUAGGGCUCCUGGAGGCAGCAUAUACCGAAGUUCUAAGAACAGAGACCACACAAGGGCUUCUCGUACAUAUUCUUUUUUUUUUGAGAAAAGCAAUUUGCUUAUUCAAGACAUUAUGCUGUUCAUUAAAAAUUAUUUAGAAAAAUGUAGCCUUUCCCAAUGUGCCAGAUUUUUUGGAAUAUCGUACGGUAGCACAUCUGUUAAUUGGGCAAGUUUUAUUAGAGAAAUUUUUAAAGAAUAUUUCUACAGAAAUUUGAGAUUCAAGAAACUGCACGGAAUAAUAGAGAUAGAAGAGUCUCUAUUCGGGAGGAGAGUCAAAUUUCACAGAGGAAAUCCCAAUAGAGGAUAAAAGAUAUGGAUCUUUGGCAUGGUGGAGCGUGACAGCAACACUCUUAUUAUCUAUCCAGUUUGUGACCGUACGGAAGAAACCCUGCUUCCGAUCAUUGAACGUCAUGUAGAGAAGGGUUCCACUAUAUACAGUGACGGAUGGUCAGCAUACUAAAAUUGUCUGGAACCAAGAUAACCCAAUUCGAAGGGCAUCUGGCAGAAAUUAUGUGGCGUUCGGCAGAAAAAGGAAAUGUGUACCAGGCAUUCGUCGACUUCUUCCGUUCAUUUUACACAUUGACUGGACCUGCAGAAUACAGUUAUUCAACGCCCCUUUUCAACACUUGGGAUGGCGUCCCACUCCCUGCAGCCAUUUCUCAAUUCGAUGAAUGGAAAAUUCGCCCAGAAAACACAGAUGCCGAGAGUGACGCUUCCUCGCAAAGCGAUGGAUCGUUGGAGUUGUUCUCUUCAAUUCCAACUUCUCGCAUCACCAUGGAGAACAGGGAGCUUUCAUCAACAGAGCUGCGGGAUAGACAGACUCAUGAGAAAUCCAGCCUAGACAAGGUAUUUAAUGAAAUGAUCGGAUCUUGUUCGGACGAAGGAGACAAAACUCUCACAGAAACAGCAUCUCCAGCUCCUAAUAUUGACGAUGAAAGGCCUGUGAAUGUACCAGGUACAAAUCAAUAUGUACGAAGAAAUGGAAGAAGGAAAAAAUCCUUGAGUACAGGAAAAUGGAAUGCAAUUGUCAUUUCAUCUGAUGACGAUAGCAAACAGCCAUCAUGUACUGCAGCAAAAGUUUUCACUGCAUCCAUUGCUUCCAGACUCCGACCUCCUAAGGCCUCCCAUGAAUCGGGACAAUAUGGAGCACAAGGAUCAACAGAGGUAGCUGAUACGGCUGGACCAUCUUCCGCACAUGAAAGUGGAAAAGCAUACGUGAAGAGGAUGCGUACAGACAAAGUAUGCCACCCGAAGGAUUUUAAAGAGCAGGGGUCUUCCUCAUCCAAAUCCUCGAGAAGACAAAGGUCCAGACUUUCCAACCCUAAUGGAAAAUCAGCUUUCAUAUGGACUUCUGAUGACGACGACUUUGAAUAA